CGUCAUACCAUGAAAAAGAUAAGCUCAGAUCCUCGUUGAUCUCCCUUCUGCCUAGGGAAAUACUUUAUUAUCCAGCAGAGUUGCCUAGAAUACCCUACUCUACUUCUCAUCCUCCUAUAUCCAACUCACCACUCUCUCUAUCUCAAGAAGAAAAAUACAAAGAACAUACCACUUACUCACCCACCAAGCAAAAUGUCAACUGCACCUCUUCUCCCCGAAGGAUUAUUUACCCGCAAACCACCCACUCUCUGGCAACGCGACAUACCAUACCCCCAACCAUUCUACUACUUCAACCCCUCAAACCAAGCCUGGACAGCAGCAUCCUCAACUUCUGAACUUCAAGCCUCACAAACAAGCAACGCACAUCCACACAACGAAACAACCCCUCCCUCCCAAAUCCACCUCCUAACAUGGAACAUCGACGCCUUAGUCCCCUACGCCAAACAACGAAUGGCAUCCGCAUUGGAAUAUCUCAAGAACCUAUAUCAUGACAUCCAACAAAAACCCACCUCUUCUCCAUUAAUAAUCUUCUUCCAAGAAAUGCUCGAUUCAGACCUCCGGCAAAUCCAAGAGACGGAUUGGAUCCGUGAGAACUUCUACGUGACGGAUCUAAGCGAUGAGUUCUGGGAGGGUGGAUAUUACGGUACGACGACGCUGGUUGAGAAGAAGGUGGAUAUUCAGAGGGUGUUUCGAGUCCAUUAUAAAGCGACGAGGAUGCAGAGAGAUGGGUUAUUUGUUGAUGUGAAUGUUCGGGCUGUGGAUGAUAAAUCUACAACCCUCCGCGUCUGCAACACCCAUCUCGAAAGCCUCACUCAGAACCCACCUCGUCGGCCCAUUCAACUUCGCAUAGCAUCUACAUAUAUGCACGGUUCGGGCCCGUUGGAUCAAGAAUCCGCUUCAUCCAUGCCUAUUUCAGUACCUAUCCCGCACGCGGCCCUUUUAGCAGGAGAUCUGAACGCCUUCGCACCCGAAGACCUCACUGCGCCAGUUGAAUGCGGUUUACAAGACGCGUUCCUUGCCCUAGGUGGAACGGACGGUACUGAGGAAGGGUAUACAUGGGGCCAGCAGGCUCCUGAGGAAUUGCGGCGGAAAUUCGGAUGUAGUCGGAUGGAUAAGAUUCUGUUUUGUGGCGGGGUGAAAGCUGAGACGUUGGAGAGGAUCGGGGAAGGGGUUAAGGCGCACCUGGGAGAUUUGUUUGAGCCCGAUAGCGACGAUAGCGAGUCUGUGGAUCUGGAUGUAUGGGUAACGGAUCAUUUGGGAUUGUUGGGGGAGUUUACGAUUCUGAAGAAGGCGGUUGCUGGUAGUUAGCAGGGAGAAAUCACCUGUAGAAAAUUGUACUUCUACAUUUCCUCGUUUGGAUAUCAUACUGGAGCUCAUAG